UCACUGGAGUUGUCAUCACUGGACGGGGCGCUCACCACACGAAGUUAUUUGAGUGGUGCGACGCCAUCACAAGCAGACCGCGCAGCCUACGACGCUGUUGCAGAGUGUAACCAGCUGGCAGAGGGCUUGAGGUCCCUCCACCACCUGGGGCGGUGGUACAGACACGUGGGGAGCUUCACCCCCACCGAGAGGAAGGCUUGGCCGGAGCCCAGGGGCAGGGUAGAGGAUUGGACGGGGGGGCGCCGCGCCCGGCCGGGUCUGGUCGCCAACGAGACCCUGGGCUACUACAUGGCCCGCAUCCAGCAGUACCUGCUCAAAGUGGGCCUAGUGGGCCCAAAAAUUCGCUUCCGUCAGCACCUGCCCAACGAAAUGGCCCACUACGCAUGCGACUGUUGGGACGCUGAGGCCCUCACGUCCUACGGGUGGGUUGAGUGUGUCGCCGACGUGGCUGACGUGGUGGCGCGGCUCUCGUCAGGCCUCGUGACGUGGCAGCAGGUCGUCGCUCAGUGGCCCAAGUUCACCCAGCAGGAGACCACCAAGUGA